AUGUUGGCGGCUGUGUUUAUUGCCGAAACUGUGCCGGACUUUGGCCCUUUAAUGAGUAUCGUCGGUGGAUCGACGAUGUCGUUGACAUCGCUCAUAUUCCCGUGUUUCUUCUAUUUGUAUUUAGUGGUCAUUGAUAAACGCACACCUGAAAAGAACACUGGCGACAACUAUGAAAUUCCCAGUUUUAUCGAGUCCGUUACGUGUUUCGCUUGCAAUUCAUUAUUUGGCCCAAAAUACUCAUUCAACUCUUCCGUUAUAAUUCAGCUUAAAAUGCUUAUCAAUGAUAUUUAUCAGUGUUAG